CCUCUGUGAGGAGCCCAAGUCCCUCUCCAUCCUCUGUGAGGAGCCCAAGUCCCUCUCCAUCCUCUGUGAGGAGCCCAAGUCCCUCUCCAUCCUCUGUGAGGAGCCCAAGUCCCUUUCCAUCCUCUGUGAGGAGCCCAAGUCCCUCUCCAUCCUCUGUGAGGAGCCCAAGUCCCUUUCCAUCUUCCGUGAGGAGCCCAAGUCCCUCUCCAUCCUCUGUGAGGAGCCCAAGUCCCUUUCCAUCCUCCGUGAGGAGCCCAAGUCCUUCUCCACCCUCUGUGAGGAGCCCUAGUGUUGCUCCAUCCUCCCAGACACACUCCGGCAAGACAGUUGCAUCUGAACAGCCUUCAACGUCUCUGUUACAACCAGCUGCAGGUGAUAAUGCAGCUUCUUUCUGGUUGCCGAGUGAGAUGAGGAAAACCAUCCCUGUGCAGGAUCAAAGAUGGAUCUCAAAUACCCUCUUUAAAUCUGGCAAACUGCGCCCAGAUUUAAAGCUGUGGUACGAGCCUCCUGCGCCGGCCCUCAUUUACCAUCAGGUGCCAACACCUGAGAGGUUUUUUUCACAUCGGCUCCUCGUAUGGAUGCCCUACCAUCAGUGGAAGGUCAGGGUGUUCUGCAAAACUUGUGGGAAUCAUCUUACAGGUGCUGGCAUCCACAAGAGGGCUCGGAAAGUCCUGGAUAUUGAUAGGUAUUACCUCCUUGUGACGGAGACACUCAGGUGCAGUGGGUGUAAUCUCACGUAUCUAUCAACAUCCCAGAGCAUCCGAGACCAGCUGGACUUGCCGCACCAGAAACUAUUUCGGCUCAUCCUCACCCAAAAGUAUGCUUGUGACAUACGAGUGAUAAGGCUGAUGAGAGACAGGACACAGGGCAACAGUUCAGCACGGCUGCUGAAGCAGCUGAAAGAAAACCACGGGGAGGAGUGGCUGAACAGGUUGGGGCACUAUCUGGAGGAGUGCGCUAACUUUGUAAAUAGACCCAGCCUUUUCCCAGUGGUGUGCCAGGAGCCCCCAGAACCAGCUGACAUCCCCACUGAUCGCUGGUUGUUGUCAGUGUAUGGCAGAGAUAUUCUGUCACGCAUAGAACACAUAAAAGCCAGCAUCACCUCCACCUUGGGGACAGUUCUGAAGCUGGACUCCACCAAAAAGGUUAGUAACCAUGUAAUGAUAAUCGUCAAGUUAAAACAGCAAAUG